CCCCAUCACACCCAUUUUCCCUUUAUAUAGCUCCUUCAGCAUUUACUCGAGGCACACUAAGGAAGAUUUCUGAAGAGCAAAUCAGCUUGGACCCCAGCUUUUCAGACCAGCAGCGAAGCAGAUUGCCAUCAUGAGUGAGGUCAAUAAGAACUCUCUGGAGAAAAUCCUUCCACAGCUGAAAUGCCAUUUCACAUGGAACUUAUUUAAGGAAGAAAGUGUCUCACAUGAUCUAGAAGCUAGAGUGUGUAACCAGAUUGAAUUUUUAAACACUGAGUUCAAAGCUACCAUGUACAACUUGUUGGCCUACAUAAAACACCACAGAGGCCAAAACGAGGCAGCCCUGGAAUGCUUACGGCAAGCUGAAGAGUUAAUCCAGCGAGAGCACGCUGACCAAGCAGAAAUCCGAAGUGUGGUCACCUGGGGAAACUACGCCUGGAUCUACUAUCACAUGGGCAGACUUUCAGAAGCUCAGGUUUAUGUAGACAAGGUGAAACACGUGUGCAAGAAGUUUUCAAAUCCUUAUAGUAUUGAGUGUCCUGAACUUGACUCUGAAGAAGGGUGGACACUGCUGCAGUGUGGAGCAAAACGAAAUGAAAGGGCGAAGGUGUGUUUUGAGAAGGCUCUGGAAAAGAAACCCAACAACCCAGAAUUCUCCUCUGGACUGGCGAUCGCGAUGUACGAUCUGGAUGAAAAACCACAGAAGCAGUAUUGUGUCAGUGUUCUGAAGGAGGCCAUUGAGCUCAAUCCUGACAAUCAGUACAUCAAAGUUCUCUUGGCCCUGAAAUUGCAAAAGAUACAUAAAGAAACCGAAGGGGAGCCAUUGGUGGUAGAGGCCCUGGAGAAAGCUCCUCGCCAAACAGAUGUCCUUCACAAUGCAGCCAAAUUUUACCAAAUAAAAGGUGAUACAGACAAAGCUCUUGAACUGUUUCAAAAGGCAUUGGAAUCCAUGCCAAACAGUGGCUACAUCUGUCAUCAGAUCGCACGCUGUUAUAGGGAAAAAGCCAAACAAAUUCAGGACACAGGUUACUCUGAAGUUAGUAGGAAUAGAGAGAAGUUUGAAGAACUAAGCAAAUAUGCUAUGGACUAUUCGAGUAAAGCUAUUGAGAAGGGACUAAGUCCUUUGUAUGCAUAUUCUGAUCUCACUGAGCUGGAAACAGAAUGUCAUCCAACAGCUUUCAAUAGCGAGCUCCCCGAUACUGAAAGGAAACAACUCCAUCAGGGCUAUUACAACUUACAGGAGUAUCAUGGGACGUCUGAAGACACUCCUGUCCAACAACAUUUAAAAGGUUUGUCCAUAAGCACCAAAUCAACUGAGAAGGAAAAGAUGAAAUACCAACCACAGAAUGCCGCUGAAAAUCAGCUUCCACAAAAUGCACCAAAUUCUUGGUACCUCCGAGGAUUAACUCACAAGCUGAACGGAGAUCUGUGGCAAGCAGCCGAAUGUUUUGAGAAGGAACUAGGCUUCCUGCUAAGGAACAGCCCUUCAGGCAUAAGCAGGUUUUUCCUGCCAACAUCAGAGCUUGAAGAAGGCAAUGAGAGAGUAGGCCAGGGCGCAGAGAGCUCUACUCUCGGAGAGCCUCUUGACUCCUGAACUGAAACAGAGAAGAGAAAAAGGAACAGAGAAGAGGGAGCCUGGAAUAGUGGUCGUGAAAGGUGGGAAGGCAGCAGUUCCCAAUCUGAGCUUGCUGAGCAAGGUAGUCUUGCUUAUUGCUUUAAGGUACAUUGUUAGAGAGCUGUUUGCUCACAUCUGUCUCCCCUGUCCAUAACAGCCAUACGCAGUUCUCUAGUCUGCAGAUCUCAUGACGAAAGACUGCUAGAAAUGGCUCUUCAGAUCUGCAGGAUGUGAUUAGUUCUCAGUUUGCACUGAGUUCACCAGAAAUCCCCCAUUUUUGCUCUCCUUGCCAAGGGUCAUUACUGGUGACUGCCUACCCACAGAAUCUCACAUCAUUCAUUCCAUUCCUAUUUAACCUUCUGGGCCUCCUGGAAGACUAGCUUUUGACUAGCCCUACAAUAUUCCUUAUGUGUUGCUCUUGACUUCAGCCAUGUAUAUAUGUGUGUGUUCUUGACAGUGAUGCUACAAAUAUAUUCUACAAUAUGUUCUAAAAUGUAUUCUAAAAUGUGUAUUCUACAAUAAAUUAAAAUUUC